AGAUAUAGCCCACUGUGAGAGAGAUGUUAAUAAUUUCAUUUUUAAGAGGGCCCAAAUGCUGGUCAACCUAGUUGGCUAUCUUAAAUGAAAAGGUAAUAAACGAGCGUUUUUCACAAAGCAAACAGAUGUCGUUUGAUUUUCGGGGGAAAAAAAACAGAACAGCCGACAGGGUUAGUCUGAUGUAUGAUGCUGUCUUUUUGCUAUAACACAGUAUUCAUCAGCCUAACACAGUUCUGCAAUCAGGGCCAAUAAUGCUGAUUAAUAAACUUUGUAUCAAGCUGCGGAUGGCCCAACUCUAAAUGCGUCGACAGCUUUUAUUUUGAAAGACAUGACAGGAAACCGGUUUGUAGACGCUCUCUGACAGGUGUUGUCGGAGUGCCUCAGUUCACCGGUGUGUCAGAGCAGCGCAGCCCUGCUCAGAAUAUGUAAGCGAAACCCUCCUCGGACCGUGGGACUGAAGUUUGUACUUAAAGUGAAUUUCAUUUUUCUUUUCUUGUGACUAUCAAAACUGAUCUCCGACUCUCUACUAGUUUGGAGCUAAAUGACCAGCAGACAUCGACACGGAGACACUCAGAGAUACUCGGGGCACGAUGGAGAGCAAUAAGGGAUUACUUCGCUGUAAGAUUGUGGUGGUCGGGGAUGCUCAGUGUGGCAAGACGGCUCUCCUCCAUGUGUUUGCGAAAGACUCAUACCCAGAGGUAAGAGACUUACUGUCUUAUUCAGAUUAACACAUGAAUGAUGACUGCGGUACAAGUGCGUAAAGUCCAAGAAAUUACAAGGCAUGGAAAUACUCUCCACUAAGUCUGACAUUUACAGCGAAAUUCCAAACGCUGCUAUCAUUAUUACAUGUGCGAAAACUGACUGAUAACACAAAGAGGUUACUGAAUCAGGAUUGUUUGGCUCUUAUCUUGCGUAUAAACCGUGAGCAAAAUAAGACACGGACGGCGCCAAGAGAUGAUUUCUACGAUUGGAAAUUUAUUUGAUCAUCGCAGAUUUUAUGUCUUACUCUACCAUUAUGUUUAAAUAGAGCCAAACUUUGUUUACAAUCCUUAUCACAGUCAACUGUCAAGGAAAUCUGUGGUGACAUAUUUCUGAGUGCGAUGCGCAAAAGCGCGCAGAGCGCAUCUGUUGGGGCAGUCUGUUCAGUAAAUACUGAAACAUCGCUGGUUUGAACACAACAGCUACGGAGCCGAACUGCCUGAUCAUUCAACACCUGUUUAUCUGUAUUUCUAUUGCAGCACCGAGGAACUUAAGAGUUUAAAAUCGCUCAUUAAAUGUUUUUCAUGAGAUAAUCAAUAAGAAAUUCAAUACACUGUUCAAGGAGCAGUGGACAUGUUGGACAGUAUCACCUUACAAGCUGAAUGGGUGCAAAGAACUUUUUAUAUCUUCAGAACUUAGAGGAAGAUAUUCUACUGAUAAUAAAAAAAGACUAUAUAUGUCUGUUAUUGAAGCAACAUAGGUGGGAUGACUUACUGGUCCAUACUGGUUGAGUUGAUUUUGAGAUUAAACCUUUUAACCAUUGAGGAGAGUGAAAUCAAAGCUUCAAAAAAUGAAAUCAGGUCAAAGCUCAGAACUGGCUCCGUCUAUGUUCAACAUCACACAGUCUCUUGUGCUUUUAAAGUUAACAAUUAAUGAAUAAUAUCCUUUCCCUACCCUGGCUUCAAUUAAAUCAUUCAUUGUUUACAGUACUCCUUUGAGCUCCAUCUAAUUUCAGCCACACGUGUCUAAUUUCAGAACUAUGUUCCCACGGUGUUUGAGAACUACACAGCCAGCUUUGAGAUUGACAAACAGAGGAUCGAGCUCAACAUGUGGGACACUUCAGGUAAGAUGCAUGAGUGGUUUGGUUUGAUUCUGUUAAGUGACUAUCAUACCAAUGUGAUGAGUAGUUGAGAAACUUACUUCAGGCUCUCCGGAUUGGCAAGUCUCUGUAUCCUGAGAGCAUUGAACAACAUCCAGGCUCUGAGCCAAAAUGAUUAGCAACCACAGUGCAGCCUGUUAGGAGUAUUACAUGCUUAUAACUAAUUUAAUACUCGCUAAGAUGCACCACUUUCACACACAGAGCUUGUCUGUGCUCAGCCUGUGUUUGUGUAACCCCCAUCCAGUCGUCAUUUCGACACUUGUGGUCUGUAGUGAAUGGCCACUUAAAAGUCACAUCAGCUCUGUGAGAGGAUAAACAACUUUUCCAUUAACACUUGCUUACUUAUAUUUUGUCUGUUGAAUGUCUGCAGUUAUGUCCUCUUUUUCAAAACAAACAAAACAGGAAUAUAAUAAUUAAAUAAAGCAGUUUUGUGUCGAAAAAUUGGUGAAUGAGCUGCACAUUUUGGCUGGGCUUUGGGGGCUGUGAGCUGAGCUGCAGCUACCCUUACUCACUAGCUGAAUGAUAUUCUUCUUCCAGGUAAAUAUCGUGAAAAUAACUGUGAUUUAAUCCAAUUAACUGAGAAAGUUAAAAUAGUUCAACUUUGCACUGAAAGGACAUGCAACUAGCAGGUAAACUUAAGACAUGAUAUGGUGUUCAACAGAAUUUUUAAAACGGAAGUAAUCAUUAAAGCUUCAUGCUGAGCAGGCAUCAAAAUUCUGGGUCAAGUAAGGCUAGACAAGCACAUAUGACUACAAGAAGUUACAAACCAGCACCAUUACAUCUGUAUGCAAAAAAUAUGGCAGAAAAUUUUGUUUUUGUUAUUUCUAUCCAAAAAAAUAUUGAUUGGAGUUUUACAUUCACUUGCAGGCCUGUUGAGCUACUGUUAAAAACCAUUAAGUUCACUCCAGUCCAAUCAUUAAGGACUGAGUUUUUGGGUUGCAAACUUUGCACUCUGCAUUUUAAAGAGGAGACUAGAAAGUUUGUAAAGCAGUCAGAUUCUUUCAGUCUCUGCAUAUAAGCAAACUUUCUCCUUUUGUUAGCCUUUAGGCCAUUUUGCAUUUCAAUCCCACUUACAUAACAACACCCUAAAACUUGUUCUCACACAGCCGCAGAGAGCAGCUUUAAUGUGCAGCGUUCCAUUAGCCUCCACCCAUGCAGACAGAAAGACCAGCUAGACGAGCUGCAGAUUAAGAGCAGCAGCUGCUGGAGCUGGUGUUGCCUGUUGGUUUACAGUGGGUGAGGCUGCUUGACUGUGUAAGACUAACACCCUCUGAAAUUGCAGGUUGUUUCACAAAUAGACCUUUUUUCUCAAUGAGCUGAUGAAUUACAACUUAAUUUAAGGCGUGCUGAAACAGUAAUUACUCCACCUGCUUACGGAAUUUAAUUCAUCACCUGGUGGGAAGCAUUCAUGACUUUAAUAUGUCACACUGCUGGCAUUUUUUUCACACAAUAGAGACGGGUCAUAGUGGACACAGCACUCACAGGUGUGACUGUCUGUUUCUGUAUGAAUAAGAUUUCAGGUAUUUUCUCACCAAAGUUUGGCCAACAAAUGUAUCCGAGCUUAAAUUUGUGAAUGAGAAAAGGAGGAAGUACUUUAAAAGGAGGAUAAACACCAGCCAAAGGGUGUUUCACAACCUGUCAAUCCAAAUACUGAAAUUAUUCAUGUCUCUUUACUGAUUUAUAAAGUCAUGAUAACUAAUUUAUGGCUGUUUAUGUAAUAAUUUGCAAUAAUUAAGAAAAGUAUGCCAAAUUGUACUUGUACUCACACAGAUUAGGGUUAUGAAAGGAACUUCACCAUUUUAGAUUAGAUAACUCACUUUCUCGCUGAGAGUCACAUUAAAAAAUUAAACCACUUUCAUUUCUGCAAAUAAUUGAGUUGGCUUUUAUUUAUCAUCUACAACCUUGUGGUGUGAAGAGUGUAAGAUUGGUGUUUCGUACACCCAGCCACAAAAUAUUUACUGUGGCACAUAACAUAAAUUUGAUCACUUUCUUUGCUGUAAUAAAUAAGGUUUCUAUCAAUGUUAGUUUAACCUGAGCUAAUCCUAGAUUUCUGAUAUACUGCAUGUUAAGACAGGACUUUAUCAAAACCACACAAUGUCACACAAGAAAACAAUGACAACCUUCAGACCUAACGAAUUAAGGAAAUUAAGCAAAAAAACAUUUUGCUAGUUAGCAUCAAUCUUUCUAUCAUCAGACUUAGCCAGGCUCAUUGGUUUCCCCCUCCUACCAGUAAAAGCUAAGUUAUUUGGCCACAGCUUACACUUUAAUGUAAUCAUGAUGACAGAAAAAAGCAUGAAAUACAAAAGCAAAUUUUAUUUAGUUACUUUCUUUUUAUUGUAUUUCUGUCAAAACACUGAUUUUAAAAGAUGUAGAUUAUGGUAGGCUAAAAAAAAAGUCUGACCUAAGCUCAGCUGGCUGCCUCUAGCUCUCUCCAUAGGCAGAGAGGAGACAGGUUCAUUGCCUCACAGCAUCCCUGCAAGCUACUUCAGGUCCGUGUCUAGAGACAGGUACACUGACACCUUUAUCAGUAUUACCACAAGUCCCUCUGGUACCUGACUUCUCCAAGUAUAAGGACUAAGGGGGAUUACACUCAGCUGGCUUUUACACAAGACUGGUUUCAUGUAUACUACUGUAACAGUUGCUGUUGAGUUGCUUGAGUUUUAAACUUCUGUUCAUACAUUUUCUUUCUUUUAUGCCAUCUCCAUUUUGUUUGAGUAAGUACAUACUGCUGUUUUUUGUUUGUGUGUCUGAGUUUAUUCACAGGCAUGUGAAGGCAUGAUUAACAGACGCCCACUGAGAUGUUUGUUUGUAUUUAGUUUGUCCGUGAAUGUGUUGGUGCAUGGCAUGCUCGUGUGUGUGCGUGCGUGCGUGUGUGUGUAGUUGGCAUGACAGCAGGUGAUCACAACUAGUUUGAGUGAGGCUGUGACUCAGAUAUUGAACGGGCAUCAUGGGAAAAUCUUGCUUUUCCAUCUCUUGAUUUCAUUACAGUUUAAUUUGUAAGAUAUGAAGCAUAAACACAAGCUAAAAUCAGUGGAAAAGUUGUAAACAUGAUUAAAUUACUGUGAAAUUUGGAUUUAUCGCAGGCAGAGUCGUACCAAGUGGAGGUCAAUUUAAUUGUGCAAGUGGCUUUUACCAAAACAUAUUUAUCCCGAGCAGCUUAAAACCCCCAAAGGAGAUGUAUACAGAUGAUAAAGAAGCGCAAUCUCAUCAUGGAUUUUAAGAUAUAAGACCACAGCUCCAGUGUGGUUCACAGAUUAGAGGAGAAGGAGCUGAGUGUUACUUCGUCUUACAGAGAGGAUAGAGUGUUAGGCAAGGUGCCAGAACAAGCCUCCAAGCUGCCCUCUCAUUGUGCAGAAACAAACAGUGGAUUUAAUUAAUCAGGCUCUCGCUGUGUGACCAAACACUUGCCCCUUGUCUGCUUCAUUCUUCAUCUUGCUUCACCACCCACUGCCUCACCAACCCCACUUACUUGUUUUCACACUCUCUACCUCAUAGGUUAAACUCUGUCUCUCUCUCUCUUUUUUAAGCCUGCCAAACUUCAUUCCCCUCUUGGCCUUUUUCUGUUUACAUCCCUGCCAGACUUCAUUUCCCACCCAAUCUUACCAACAAUCUUAAUCUCUUUCCUUUUCUGUCUUUCAUGUGGCAUUGUGUUUGAAACUGAUUUAAGAUUAAGAUAAGUCAAGUCAAGAUUCAAAAUGCAUUUCUGGUCUCGGGAACAGCAGUCCACAAGACUCACCUCAAGGUCCAUUUAGAUGCUGAUCUGGAAUUUGCUUUGAUCAUAUCCUAUGAUCUCCCUCAGAAGAUAAAGUUUUCAAAACUGUCAGUUUGACAUAUCUACAGAAGUGUAGACAUUUAAAUGUCAUUUUCUGCUGCAAAAGCAUCCAAAGCUUUUAUUAGAAAUGGGCACCAAUAGCAACAGUUCUUGUUCUUUAGUUUUCUCAUUGGCCGAGCUCGCAGUUUUAUGAAUUAAAAAUUGACAAUAAAAGUUAGAGCUGGGAAUCACUAGUGACCCCACGAUACAAUAUUAUCAGGAUACUUGGGCCACGAUACGACAUAAUUGCAAUUUUUUACAUUUUGCAAUACAGUGAGUAUUGCAAUGCCAUAUAUUGCAAUUUAUACAAUUUUUUCAACUGUUUAACUAAUUUGGCAUUUGUCUUGUCUAUGUUUAUCUUAUAUACGCUCUAUUUUAUUUUCAUGUAGCACAUCUUGCAAACCUUAUUUGUUGCACUAACUUUCUCCUGCUCUAUGAAGUCACCUCUGCCAACCUCACUAGACAAACUGUUGGUUUUAUUUUUCCAUUAUCAUAGAUUUGACUUUAUAUUGGCAAUUAAUUUGAAAAAUUGAUACUUGGUAAAUGAGACAAUAUGAUAUAUCACCAGACAAAAUAUCGCGAUACUAUGCUGUAUUGAUUUUUUUCUCCCACCCGUAAUAAAAGUAGUAAAAAUUGACCUCAUUUUAGUGCUCUACCGAAUGCUGUACAAGCAACUUUAAAUGAGGGUCAGUGGGGGAAACAGUCAUAAGAUUUGGCCAUGGUUCAUGGCUGCAGUAUCACGUAACUACAUCCAUACACAAACAUCCAGCUCCUUGAAGACACCUACCACACUAGCUUCAUAUUUGUGCAGAUGUUUCAUCAGCGGUGCUAGCAGCAGAUAAACUUUUUUAAAUACACUGAUUCAAGUGUUAUUUGUUUACACUUGCAAACACACACCAACAUCGUCUGUGUAAUAUCAAAAGCCGGCUGGGAAGUGCUUAAAAUUAAAAAACAUAAUUUCUACUCAUAACAAAUGACUAAAGUAAUAAGUCAGAUUCUCUCUCGUAAGAGGCUCCUGCUGUAUUUUAAUGUGCGGCGGACCUUGUGGAGCCAUUAAAAGACAAUUGUAAGCUCAAAUCACCAUAAAACAAAAAAACUAAUUUGUCUCAAAUUGCAGGCAUUGUUAAUUAUGAUGACACAGCAGUUGUGUAGUGAGGAUUGUUUGGUCUCCAAAUGGCUCAGAUAACAAAUCUAAGAAGUUAAAAUCUGUUCCCAGUAGACUCUGUGUGCUUGAACAAAGUUUAGGAGCCUUUGAAUUGCCGUUCUUUGCACUUUUUCUCUUUCUCGCUUUAAUUUUAUUCAUUGUUUUUUAUGUCCACUCCAACUGCUUCAGUCUUUUCUUCUUUUUAAGUUUUUAACAAGUCAAGGUCAUGAGCCUCCUUGUACCAGGGCACUGCCCCCUCAGCACUCUUGCACUUUAUUAGCUUAGCUUGCGUUUUCUUUGUCCGUCCACUCAUCUGUCUUCAUGUCCUUUUUUGAAUUCCUCCUCUCUCAGUUUUUCUUUUCACUUCCUCUGGAGAGUUGGUGCUGCCUCCACUCUUAAAUCAGUUUGUCCUGGCAGUUAAGAAAUGUGAAGUGACUCUCUCUCUGCUCUUUCUUUAUUAACAAGCUUACUUAAUUGAUGCUGUGCCUAAAUGAUGUGUGUCACAGGGUCCUCAGAAAUCACAUUUGGGAGGUGAAGCACAGAAAAUGCUGUUAAAACUAUAUACUGCUGUCUAACAAAUGAGUGAUUCCAGUUCUGAUGACAUUCUGUGUUUUCUUAUCUACUCACACACAAAACCUAAAAAACGGCAGUAUGAUAACACAAAAGCAUUCAAGGUUCUGAACCUGAAUGGACACCUUAAUUUUUUUCAUUUAUAUUUUAAAUCCAGCAGUAAUGAUUGCCCUCUCAGGCAUUGUUAGAAGAACUUAAGAUGAAAGAAACUUAUUGUUCACAAGCAUCUCCUCAAUAAUAAACCAGUUUUCCAAUGUGAGGCAUAAAAGGUCAUUAAUUAGAUUAACACAUCAACUCUAAGAGUGACCUUUACAUUCUUAAUGACUCGUUUGAUGGUAAUUAUGAAUAUGCCCUAAAAUCACUUUUUUUUCUGGAAUCCAAGGUAAUUACACAUCAUGUAAUAAUAAAAAACUUGGCAUUAAAAAAGGCCUUGUCCUCGUUCACCUUCUAACUUUAUGAGCGUGCAUGUGAAUGACUUGCCAAGCGUGAGAGUUUCGAGUUAGAGGUCUUUUGGUACAAGAACAUGGCAUAAUAAAAGGAUGAAGUUUUUUCAGAUAAUGGGCGAGGGGAGCUUUUGUCAGAGGUUAUUUAAAAUGGAUGAUAUGUAGGAGGGUACGCACUCGCUUCUUUCCUGUCUAGAGUCUACUCAUGAGAAAUGAUUGUUUUUAAAAUUAAGGGGCAUUUGAGAGUCAUUGUUAUUUUUCACCAACACAGUCAUUGUUUUUCGAGGUCCAGCACCCACUUUGUGUGAAUAAGAAAUGAACUAGCACCAACAUUAGUGCCCAUGGGCAUGUUUUUCUUAAAAUGAGGGGUGGCACAUCACUAUUCAGAGAAUUCAGAAACUCUCUGAAACAUAGACCAGUAAAAAAACACAAAUCUUCAGCCAUUAAAGUCCCACUUAAAUAGUUUUUUUUUUCUUUUUUAUUAUUUAAAGUGUUCUCAGUGGUCUUUAAAUUGUAAUUAUGAAGUUUUUAGCCAAAAUCACAUUAUCUGUGUCAUUUUCAAAGGCUUUUCUUCUGCAGAGCUCCAUUAGCUCAUUAGCAAUUCACUUCUGAGUCAUGGCUGGAGACAGCGCUGCUCUGCACACUCGUCUUUUCUCUAGCUUACAGCCUAACAUUGCCAGUGCAGCAGAAGUGGCAGGUAACAUAAGGGCUAUUCAGCUCUUGGACACUAAUGUCUUUGAGGGCAUGAUGAAAGUUAAUAUCAUUAUUAGCUUUCUUACGAGCAUUGCAGUCUGCUAACGUACACACUUGUUUCAUGAUCAUCCUCUCUACUCAUUGGCCUGCGCCUGCAUAGCGGGGCUCUGGGGGCGGAGCUUGCAGUUGUGACAUAGAAAAUCUCAUUGUGUCGGAACCUGCCGUUUGGGUCUGUGAGAGAUUCACAGUGAUUUGAAUGCAGAAAUACUCCGAAAUUCAAUUUUGCAUGUACUUUUCUCGUGCUAUGUCCUCUAGCAUCAGAAAAAAUGCCAUAUGAACAUGUAGACGACAUGUACUAUCUAAAGAUCAGAUAAGGAUGACAAAUUUAUAUUCCACAUUUAAUGCAGCUAACAAACACUCCUAGAAAAGCCAACAUCCAUACAUGUUAGGAAAGGGGACCAGCUGCUCUGUAUUUUGAGGUCUACGGUUCAAUAUAAUGAAAAAGCCACCCUGAUUGAUUUGGAAAUGACUGCUUUCUGGAUGUUUCUCUAUAAGUCUGACAUGUAACAGUUUUCUUCAUGAUUCAGAAAAACACAGAACAUAGCAGAAAAAGUCUGAAAGUGUUUUCCAGUCAUCUUGCCUGAAUUCAUAAGGAAUGAGUGCACAUGACUCUCGCUGCCAUUUCUUUUGAAUUAUGAGUUUGUAUCCCUCUGCGGCACUGACAACAAAGAGCAGUUGUUGUUGUUGUUGUGGCCUGCAGCAGUCUGCUACUACAAUAACAAAAACCUCAAAAAUAUGGUGGUUUCACAGCUGAGCAUGUGAAAGUGUGAAGAAAGAGUCAAUAAAAGAACCGGCUCGACCUGCAGAGUCGCACCUUCAAAUAAAGAGCAGCGCAGGAAAGGAGUGAAGUUUGCCGUCUUGAACUCUGUCCCUCAGGCAGCUUCCUGCUCAGAAGAAUGUCACUUUUGAUACAUCCUUGAGGGCAAGACAAGUCAAUAAGAGCACCUGUGUUGUUGUCGCACAAUAACACAGGUGCUCUUUCCGUCACCUAAAAUUGUGAACGCCUCUAAUACUGCCUAAAAUGUAGAUGUAAAUAUCAGCCAAUGUGCUAGUCUUUGCAACAAUUCUUUACCAAAUUUAUGACCCCAGAUUAAAAUCAGCUAGUUUUUAUAGAUCUUACAAAUUAUCUGCCAAUAAAGGAAAUAUUUUACUAUUGAAAUACUUUGAUUUUAUCCAACAAGAGCAAUGCUUGUAUUGGCUGAACAAGCACAGCCAAAACAAGCUGAAAACACAGUCAAAAAUUCAUCACCUAGGUGGUUAACACGACUGCAUCUUACAAAACAAGUACAGAGAAUAUGCCACAAGUAUUGCAAAAUGAGGACUUAAGACACCAUCGUGAAUAUAAUAUAAAAUAGUUGCUGUUGCUAAUUACUGUUUUGAAGAAGUGAAAAAAUAACUGAUUGUUGUCAUUUAUUACAUCAUGUUAGCAGAUUGAGGAACAGCUAGAACAGAGAACAUAACAUUAGUUAAAGUUAUUAGUAUUUUCUUCUCCAGACUAACAAAGUAAAAAUCAUCAAGCACUGAUGAAAGUGGUUACAUGUUAAAAAUCAAGAUCUCUCCAAAGCUAGUGAGUGAUUUGAGAGAGAAGUUUGGAUCCAUUUUCAUAGGUACGUUUCAACUCUGUCAUAUGUUCUCUGAGAAGAGAAUAAGACAAACAUAUUACCCACAUCACACUGAUACUUGAUUGGCAUUCAAUAUCAAAAAUGUAAAUUCCAGGUCUGUGAAACAACUCUGUAUCCAUCCAUCUGAAGCUGUCAGACUCUGGCUGAGAUUGCCUCAACAAUCCAUCAUUCAUUCAUGAGCAGCUUUUAUGACCCCAAUUACAUGUUGGCUGCUUGAAAGCACUACCCAGAUGUGCUCUGAGUGAGCAUGUGUGUGUGUGUGUGAGUGGCACCUGGCUCCGUGACAGAAACGAACAGAGAAAAUAGCUUGAUGUGUUGAAGUGCUUCAGAGGCUUUGGAGAGAGGUACAGAUAGCUGGGGAACAGGGUUUCCAGUCCAAGUGUUGAUGUGUUUUUCUUUUUUUCUAGUGAACGUGUUUGGUUGUGUAGGUUUGAAGGAGUAUAUGAGUAUGUGCUUUUAGGGGUUAUAGGAGUGUGAGGAUACAUACAGCACAGGGAGAAGAGGAUGAAGUGUCAGAGUGCUGGGCUCAUAUUUGGGAGAAAAUAAACUGGAUCUGGACUUAAUAAGCGUUGUAAGGUUUUCAUGGACAAGCUUGCACCCCUGUCAUACUGGUCUAAUUCUCCUCUGCUCACCCGGUCCAUGACACAACCAUAGGGUACAUUGAAAAUCAAUGGUCUGGAUGCGUCUACACUCACUUUCUCGGGGGGGUGACUGGUUUCUCGUCUCUCAGACAACGGUGAAAGUGUAACUGAGCAGUCUGUCUGAAAGCGACAGAAAGUCUGGGUGAGCAUAGUGAGCACAUAAAACUAACCUUUCAGACCAUCCUAUGAAUACAGAUGGUCACAGGUAUGGUCUCAUGUGAAGUGGCAACCCUGAAGUGGCCACAGCGUUUAAGAUGUAAGCAGUUUUGAGGUAAGGCGAUGCUUUUGAAAGAGCAAAAAAGUCCGUGUAGGAAGGUCUGAUUGAUUGAUUUGCUAGCAGGAUUAUGAACUUCUGUAACACCCUUAACUUAUCAUCAUUGGCUUUGAUAUCGUAUGAAUUGGCCCACUUGCUUCCACACUUGAGAAAUCCUGGUGUUAAUGAAAUCUUGCUAUCCUGCUAUCAUGUUGGUGCGAUCCUGUUAAAAAAAAUCAUUGCAAAUUGUUUUUGAAUGUCUUGGGUUUGAUGACACAGUUCCUCUUUGCUUUGUCAGACUACUUUGGCCUAACUCCAGCUUGUUCAAAAUGCAGCAGCAACAAGGACUGGUCCUACAUCGCACUUCACUCCCAUUAUAGACUCCACACACGGGCUGCCAGUAAGGUUCAGAAUUGAUUUUAAGAUUCUUCUAAUCACUUAUAAAGCACUUCAGGGCUUGGCUCUUGCUUACAUUUCCAAAUUACUAAACCCUCAUUCGAUUAAGCAGCUACUUCGGUCAUCAAAUCCAACCCUGGUGGUCAUUCUGUUUGCUGAUGUCUCCUUCCUUAUUGUACAAAAUUAAAUCUGUUGAAUAAUUUGAAUCAUUUAUGGGAACUCCUCUUUAAAGUUUAGCUUUAUGUUUCUGUUGGUUUUGGCGCCUCCUGUGGGUGAAGUGGUACCUUUUAUCUCUUUGCUGAUCUUGUCUAUUUAAAGAUUAUACCAAAGUAUUAAAAUAUUCCCAAAACGAGGAUUAGGAGAUUAGGACAAUCACAGAAUAGACAUUUGUUUUAGUUGAGAUAGUGAAAUGAAACAACCAACAACAACAACAACAAAAAUGUAUUUUAUGAGGUGAGCUUUGCUUCAGCACAGGCACACACACAAAUACACAGCACUCAAUGGGUCUAUCCAUCCAUUUGAGACCCAUUCUUUCCCUUAUCCAUAAUUCAAGACAAAGCUAUGACCACUCUAUCAAACCCUGGCCCCUUUGCCAGUAUUGAGAAGGCAGGGUGGAGCAGCAAAAACACUGAAGACACGUUGGACCUGUGUAUUGUAAAAGCUAAUGUCUUCAACUUCUGUUUUGUUUUCUAUUAGCAUCUUUGUUAAAGACGCAUAUCAUUGUUUUUCAAUAGCUCCAUGCUACCUCCCCAAUCUAAAAAAGCAUUCCCCUUGAGUAAAUUGGUGGCAUAGUCCUUUAACUUUAAAGGGAAACUUUGCAUUUUCAAGUGUGGUUGUAUUGUCAAAAGUAAGCGUAUAUGCCCACGGGAGAUGGGUCCCUUUAUCGAGAUACCUGCUGGAGAACUGGCACUACUGAGGAGCUGGUCUAUCGGCUGCUACAGAUGGGGUCAACACAACUUUACAGUUAAAACUGAAGAGAGACAGACUGCUUGAUUUGUGCUCUACAGGGUGUCUUUAAGUUUUAAAGCAUUUGCAUUGCAUGAUUUUGCAAGCUGAUUAUAGAGGCUGUCACUGUGGGGAAAUAUUAUUCCUGUAUUUCACACAGCAUUAGCAUGGUAACGGAAAAAUAUGUGGUUCUGUUUCUGCUCUGGAUGAGCUUCAAACCUGGAAACUGGCUGCUUAUCUCUAGAAGGGUACGGCCAGGACAAACAGGUUUCAUAGAAUAAAUGAGCACCUCUGCUUUGUGACAGCAGACAAAAUGUCAUAAGAGGAGAUUAUUAAUGACUGUCUCUGACAUCACAACAAGAUGUGAUUGUGUUAUUUCUGAAAGACGCAGAGCAGUGAGUAGUGAGAGGUGUGACAGUCUGAUUGGUAUCUGUCACCCUACAGCUUUGAGUCUGACUAUCAAAAGACAUUUCCAAAAAUAUAUCAGUUCAUGUUUUAUUAUAAGCUUUACAGAUUGUUACAAAACAAGAAAAGAGACAUAUCUCCGGAGUGUUAUGAAAACUGCGAAUGAGAUUUACCGUAUUUAACAUAAAGGAGAUAACACAGCCCUCUUAAUUUAUAAUUAAGGAACCUGCCCGUUGGGGCUCAUUAACAGUUACUGAUAAUAAAAGCCACCACUGAAAUAGCUUUUCUUCCUCUAAUCCAAACUUACAAUGAAGGCUGAAGGUGGACCAAUGUGGCAGACAUUUUGACAGAUUUCAGAGCACCAUGUCAGGCAGUUGCAAAACACCAAAUUUAUCUUGGAAGAGCGGUGUUCAUCCCUGCAGCAGGGCUCAGACACUUGUAGCUGUUUUUGUGACCUCCUUAAAGCACUUUUUGAUGUUUCCUGGUUCAUGUUCACAUUCCAAUCAGUGAUAAUAUUUACAGAUUUAGGAAACGUAUUUAUCUAUUAAUCAUCUCCCUGCUUUUUUCUGUUGCAUGUGGAAAAAUAAUGACAUUUCUAUGCUUUUGAAUGACACAUUUUACCUAAAUUUUACCAGUUGAUAAGUAAAAAAAUAAUAUAAAUAGCACUGAAGUACUUACCACCUUGGAGUUGAAAUACAGGUGCAGCUAACGAGACCGAUAUCAGCGAGCUACUGCAACACAACAAUUGGCUGAGCACUGAUUUGGAGAGUGAAAGUUACCGCAGACCUGUGGAUGAAAGGGAAUUAAAAAAAGAGUUAACUGGGUUGUAAAUGACUGCAGGCAGGGUAAUGUUCAGUUAAUUUACAUGUUACAUAAAACAAAGGAUUUAUUGUUUUAGACUGAAACUGGAUGUUUAAAAACAUGUAAGUUCAUGAGUCUGACUGAAAUUUAACUUCUCAUCAUCAGACUAACAUACCUGGAUCGUGUGGUUAUGGAUCAAUUUUCUCUGUCAUGUAUAUGGCUUCUGCCCCAGCGUUCACACUCGUGGCUUUGAGCUCCAGGUUGAACAGCAUGAAUGCCUUGCUUAGCAGUGGGGUAGGAAACAAAACCUUGAUGGAUGAUACAAUAAUGUAGAAAAAGACAAAACUGUUUUAUUGUAUAAACAAACAGCACAGAGCUGUAAAAGUGACAGUUUUUUCAUCCUUAGACGUACGUCCUAUUAGCCCCUUGCUAACAUAUCUUGCCAACGGUUUUGAGAAGUAAUACAUCAAUUGAUGGACAAACCAAUAGUACCAAGCCGAGAGGGAGCAUGUCUCUACCUACCGCAACAGAUGCGGACAUGCUUCUUUCGCUAAAUCCAUUCUUGCCUGGUGCUUGUAAACUGUGACAAAGAGAAGAGUUCAGUUGAAUCGCCUAGUUGAGCUUUAACCAAACAAAACUGUGCAUAUAAAUGUACUGAUUGUGGGGAAUCGAAGGGGCGUCGUCAGGUUGAUAGGUAUUUGUACACAUUGUGAAGAUAAACUUUUUGAAAUGCAAAAUAAUGGAAUUUUAAAGAUAUAACCAAAAACACAAUGAACUACAACUGGCUAUAGAAAUUCUGCAAUUAAUCAUGAUUUUAAUAAGUGAUUGUUUGAUUGCCCAAAUGAAAGUAUACAUCCAUAAGGUAAAUCUGUGACUGUCCUGUUCUUGACAAAAAGCCCAUUCAUUGAUUGUUAAAAUUAAGAAAAAUAUCUCUCCAACCAAUUUCAAAGUCAAAAAAUAUAAUUGCCUUCCCCAACAGAGGUGCCAAUUUCAGCAAUUUUAUUCCAGUUGCAGCCUUAUUUUUUUCAAUAACAAAACUAGUGCCGACAAUAAAGUUUAAAAAAAUCAGAACAGCUCUUCUAAACCGUAUCAUCCAGAAAGCAACAUUUUUACAAAACAAACCCUCUCUACACAGCCCCAGACUCAUCCUGCAAAAAGCUACACAUGAGUGGAUUACAAAAAAGCUACAAGAGCGUUUAAAGACAAGGUGCUUAGCCAUGUUUUUUUUUUUUCCUUUUUUAGCAAACAGACGUGAGAAGAAAGGGAACGCUGCUUUUUGGAAGUUUCAAACAUCACAGGCAUGACAACCCCAUGUAGAGUCACAGCAUGGUGCUGCUUUUUCCCAGACUGUUGUGCGUCACUGUGUCAAAUGCUGUACAACAGCCUCAUAUUUAAGUCAUAUUUGACAUUUUAUAGUUGAGUAUUACUCACAUACAAGCAUUUAUGCAUCUUAGUUUGUGUUCGUCGAAAGCUAAGGCAGAAUAUUUUGAUUUAGACCAAAAUUUGUUGAUGUAAUUUCAGCUUUUUCCUUUCAAAUGUAUUUUUAAAAAACACCAAAAUGAGUUGUAAAACACUUGACGUGUUGCUCAUAUUUUCCUUAGAGAUAGCUGAAUACAUGCAGCACUCUGCUGUCUGAGUGGCUUUUUAAGUUUGUUUUCGAUCAGAAGCUCUCAGACAGAGACAGAUGGGCUGAAGGUUUUUCAUGCUGCCGUUACACCGGCAGGAAUCUUCCCAUGUGAGGCAUCAUACUACAGGUCCCCGGGAGGGUCAGAAAAGCUCACAGAUCAAUACGCAUUAGCUGCUGCUCAAACGCUGAACACGGAUUAGUUGACAUCAUGGAACCUUGAGGCUUGCACUGCAGACAGUGUGUGUGUGUGUGUAUCAGUGUGUGUAUGUGAGUCAUUCAGUGUAAACUUGUUCUCAUUAUAAAAAGUCAAAUAAGCACUGCAAUUAUCCAUUAUUUGAUCCAAGCAUGAAUAAUAAAUGUGAAAUAAUGCUGCAGCCUUCAUCUCCUCAAUCUCUUGUGUCGAUGCAUUAAGUAUGGAGCAUGAGUAAUAUUUGGGGGUUGGGUUUGUUUGACUGACAGGUGAGCCUGUUGCAGCUGUUUGCCAGAAGGCUAAAGGUAUAACCCUAACCUUAAUGCUGACACCAUAUUGGGAAUGGAGUCAGCAUUUCCAAUAUGGUGUUCAUCACCAGUGACCUUCAUCUGAGUUUUGCAGUCUUUGGUUUAUUCUGAUUUAAGAACGGAAAAAAAAAUCAUGUUCCCGCUUAAUUUUUUUUUUAUGUUACAUUUAUACAGCUCAAUUAAUUCCUCUAUUUAAAAAUAGGUAUGGUAGGUAUCUGCUCUUCUGAGACAGUGAAGAAAACAAGGGGGAGGGGAUGAAGUGCAGAGAGACUUCAAUCUCAGCAGAGUCUCGUUUGCUUGUUUAUUCUGGCAGGAAGAGGUAUGAAAGAACAAAGACAGACUUGGAAAAAGAACAAACAACCAUAUAACUCCUGAAGAAGUCACGACUAACUUUAAUACGGCAGAGAAAAGAAAUCAGUUACACUCAAUAUAGACUGGCUUAUAAAAAAAACAGCUCACGUUGUCUUCAUGGGCAGCCAAUCCUAGAACGAAUUAAAGUGAAGUGUUUGUACCGCACAUUUAAUUUGACAACGCUGGGAGAUGUUUCAGUGAUAAGACUGAUCCCUGGUUGUUUUAUUGCCUUGACACAGGGAUAGUUGCAGCGUGUGCAACUUGUUCAGACCUAAAGAUAGUCAAUAAAGUGAAAAAUCUUAGUUUAAGAACAGCUGUGAUCUGUUGUUCAACUCUGUAAGUUGACCCAAGUUUUAUAAUCAGAAGAAGCAGUCAUAGGUGCUUGCUCCUGCUAUAAUUUAAAGUUAAAAAUGGUAAACAAGAUGCAUAUACAAAUCUAUGGUCUUUAUCCUUUUAGUACGACAGAGUAUUAUGGCCACAUUAUGAAUAAAAAUGUAAUGCUGUGUUGUCAAUGUCAAUGCUGAGGUUUUGGACACUACAUGGCAAGACACAAUGCAUGACGGGAUGCCCACCACUGGUGAGUGACCAUCGGAUGGUCACUACAUUUUGCAGUGCUCUAUGGGAAAUUUUGAGUCGCCUAUAUAGGGCAUUGGAAUUGAUCACUCCGGUUUCAGACACCCCUCAAAAUGGCGCUAACCCCCAUAUAGUCAUCUAUAUAGGGGUUAGGGAUCCAUUUCGGACACAGCCAAAGACUUCAAGAUUAACGUCAUUAAUUUACGAGAAUAAAGUCAUUACUAACAAGAAUACAGUCGUAAUAAAGUAAUGACUUAUAAGAAUGAUAUCGUAGGAAAAUCAUUACUUACGAGGAUAAAGUCUUAGUAAAAUUAAUACGUACAAGAAUAAGGAGAAUAAAUUACGACUUUAUUCUCGUAAGAAAUGAUUUUAUUAUGACUUAAUUCUCAUAAGUAAUUACUUCAUUACGACUUCAUUCUCGUAAAUUAAUCUCAAAGUCUUUUUUUUUUUUUUACUUUAGUGAUUUCAGUUGUGUGGGCAAACGCAUUUAAAUGGUUUAACAUAUUCUGCAAAAAUUCUUCUAGCAGCUGACCAAAACACAUGGCACUGCUGUAUGAUUCUCUAUAGUUCUAGUGUACUUCUAAAAGUGCUUACACAGCAGCUCUGCAAAUGACUUCUUUUACUGGAACCAAUCCUGUUAGGCCGGCAGUAUUUCAUAAAUACAGUUUGCACAGCUUCAGGUGAGCUGGGAUAAAGAUCUGGUGUUGUUUUUCAGACAGUCAGGAGUACAGCAAGCACAAAAUAAUGGGGGAAAAAAACACUCUCUGUGACAUUCAAAGAGAAAGGGAUUUUUUUUUAAGUUCAGAGAGUCUUUGAGAAAACACUCCGGUGGACUUCUAUGCAGACAAAGACUCAAACUCUUUGAAAAGAUUGGUUAAUCACAGCUGCAGUUAAAUGCAGAGGUGAGCUGUCAGUGUGGAGCUGAGCUGCAGCUGUCUGUUCACUGAUAGAAACCUGCAGACGUUUUAUGAAGACUAAUCAAUUUCAGUCUUUACCCCCUCUCUCCUUUUACUGAAUUAAUCAUCCUCAUUUGCGGCGGAUGUUACGACUUGAUCUGCGCCGACAAAGGCUGAAGCAAAAGUGAGAUUUGUAUGGUGGAGUGCUGCUUGUGUGGAACCCAGGAGCAGGAAUCAGUCAAAGAGGCAGGGCGAAAAGCUGGCUGUGGCCUUUAGCUUGACAUUUAUGACCACAGCAGCAUACAUGUACACACGCAUGUGUUUGCUUUGGGGGUUAUAUUUUGACAGAUUGACAUGCACAGGGAUAAAUAUGGUAGCCUUCUGCACCAAAAGCAAUGCACCUACAAAAAAUAUGCAUUUUUUUUUUGUUCCAAGAGAGGACAAGGAUUUCCUAAUUUUGAUAAUAGUUGAUUUUUUAAGUGAUCAGGAUUAAUCAGGGAUUUAUUUGUAUUGUGGAUGUAUAUCUACAACAUACAAAAGGUCAUUAAAACUAAAAAGGGAAGUAGAAAAUUAGAGUAAUUCAAAUCAAUGAGUUAAAAAAUGAAUAUCAGUACUCUGAGAACAGAAAGAAAACAUGACUCCAUUACGAGAGCAUUUGAAUCAGAUAUUUUUCAACUGUUGGUUGUCUUUUUGUCCGUUUUUAUCUUCUACUAACAAGUGGAAGUGUCUUUUCAAUCCCUCCAAAAUAAAAGCAAAUAAAUCCAAAUAUGAACUUAAGUAGACUAGGCAGUAAAAAUGCAAAAUAAAAGCAUAAAAAAAUCACAUUUCUAUGAGGCAGCCUCCUCUAAAGCUUGAGCUUAAACCUGUAUAUCCUGAAAGAACUGUGAAAAGACCGAACUGUUAACUCAGUACAAUGAAUUGUACUGCAUGUUGACAUGUUGCUAUGUCCUCGUCUGCAACACUCUGAAAUUUAAUGCUUAGGUCUUCUUAGCUUGAGCUACAUCAGUCAUAUGGAAGGAGUUUGUUUAGUGGUUCAGAUAAAUGGAAAUAUUAAAAGAUGUUGCCUGGCUGAUUUUUGAUUACACACCUCAAGGAGGAUAUUUGAGGUUGUUGAGAUGACUAACAAGCUAAAGUCGAAUGUGGUUUUGCUGCUUAAGCCACUGUUUUAUGCCAUGAAUCUUUUAGCACUCAUCCUAGUCUUACUGAAACUGAAGUUUUUGAGAGAAAACUAAGCAUAAGUGAAAAGAAUUGUAUUUUUCUAUUAAAGGAGGCUUGUUUGAGAUAACUUCCAUUUGUGAGGCAUUAAACUUUGUUGCCCUGAAUGUGCUGUUUGUGUGGCAGUGGCUCCGUUCAUUUAGUUCUAUGGGAAUUUUCUGACAAACACAUUUUUUGUGAAGUAGCCAAAGCCUUAUGUGUGGCGACAAAAGCUUGUAGUGUUGGAGACAAAGGGGGAAAUGCAGAGGGAAUGUUGUCCCCUCUGGAUAGGAAUGCGUCCCCUUACCCAGGUCACAAUACUCAAUUCAGCGGGGGCCCCUGGCAGAAAAACAUGCCAUUCUGGACUACCAGGUGACGCUUUGUGUGAGCCAGUCAUUAUAUCACUGUCACACGUCCGUCUGUCCACUUAUUCAAGCCUGUCAGACCAACAGACCCAGGGUUUGUGGUCAAGGCCUCGCUGCUGGUUUCAAAAGCGACGAAUCACACCCACUCAUUGUCAUCUGCAAAGUGGCCUUGUUCAUGGUAAUUACAUUUAAUCAUAGUUAUUACAGCUGAAGGUGCUCCGUAAUGAUCCACUUUGUGAUAAAAAAGUUAGCUCUUUAGAAGAGGAACUUAGCUACAGUACAUACCAUCCACCUGAAAAUGUCACUCAUGUCUGUGUGAUUUUCUGUUGCCCACAGGUUCAGCCUAUUACGACAACGUGAGGCCGUUAGCUUACCCUGACGCGGACGCCGUGCUCAUCUGCUUCGACAUAAGCCGUCCGGAAACACUGGACAGCGUGCUGAAAAAGGUUAGUGUCACAUCAGAGUCUGACGGUCUUUAGGGUAUAUUCUUUCUCCUGUCAGGACAUGAGUCUACCGAAAAGUCUUAAAGGACAAACUUUGAUAUUUGAAAGUCCCACUUAUUACAUAACACUCAUACAAAUGUGCAUGCAGCUGUGUUUGUACAAUCUAUACUCUCCACAAUACAUUUUAUUUCAUAGAAUAAAAUGUGGGUAACACUGUAUAUGAGGGGACUUGUAAUGAGCUUUAAUUGAUCAUUAAUAACAUAAUAAGCACUAAUAAGAUGCUCAUUAAUAUUUAUAAGCAUCAACAAGUGAUUAGAAAAGCGUAAGUAUCACAUUGUUUAUAGCACACUCAUAGGCUCUCAUUAUACACUUCAUAUAACAGUUCAUAUACCUGUCUUAAACAUCAACAAGAUUUGACAAGAUUGAAAGCUUAUAAGCAAUAAUAACUUAGUUAUAGUUUUAAUAAAGGCCCAUACAGUUAUUUUGAUGUUUAUAAACAUUAGAUUAAGAUUUUAAAGCUUUGUACUAUAUUGUAAUUGUUAUCAAGUUUUCUGCAAGUGUGUUUAAGUAUGAAACAUGAGGUUGUGUUGUGCUGUGUAUCGCCCAGGUUAGUCGAUUUCUGUCCUGCUAGUUGUUUUAAAGUUUGUUGCCACAUGAGGCUUUUUUCCCCAAGUACAAUCCCCUGAUUAGAUCUUGACUAUCUCCUGUAUGGAAACAGACUGUGGGCGUGCUAAACAGAGUUUGGGAAAAGAUAGAGAAAUCACUUUAGUUAAUGCUGACUCAGAAGACUAUUAAUAUAAAUGGAUCAGUUUCUUUAUUGAUUCAGUGGCUCAUCACAGGAAAAGUAAUUUCAUGACUCAUAAAGACCAGGUUUUGAUCAUAAUAUUUGCGAUAGUCUUCAAAAACAAUGUAGUCUUUCUUUAUUCCCUACAUAUAACUUUUUGAUAAACUAAUUUUCCUUCCAUAAAAAUAUACAAGUGUGAAGUAUAUGAAUUUUUUGGAGCUAUUUCUCUUAAAGAAUCUACAUAUUUUGUAGUGUCGUGUUUUAGAGACCCUGCAAAUGUGUAUUUUUAUCCCCUGCUGAUAAACAUUUGUGUCAAGAACAUUGAACCUUUGAUUUUCAUGGGGUCAGCACCGUCAUUCAUCAAUGACAUCAUCAGCGUCAGACAAAACUCAAAUCUUUCAUGGUGGACGAAUUCUCACAUACAAAUGGAGGUCCAUUUGAGAACUAACUUGACCCCUGACCUCAGACGAUGACCUCAGGUUUCCACAGUUGUAGUGGUAAAUGAUGUGAUCUCACAAUGCAUACACGGGAUGCCAAAGUGACAUGUUGAAGGAUCUCUAUACAAAAAUCUAUCACAAUGAAGUGCUGAAGUAUGGCAGCGUGCCAGCCUGUGUUGUUUCCAUUUACUUUUGCAUUUUUUGGCUAAUUUUGUAGCUCGUUUUCUCUGUGAGCUUCUCUUUUUAGAUAAUGCCCUUGUAGUCCAUGCCAGCUUUUCUUCUGCUAUUUUCAGACAGAGCUUCAGCCUAACUACCUCAUGUGCCCUUCAGUUGUUGUUUUUUUAAUCUUUAUUUCUUUUAUUUUCCCCUUUGUGUCUUAAGUCCAGUCCCUCUUCAGCUUCUCAUUCAAAUCUCCUGUGUCAGAGCAUCACCUUAAAAAAAGGGCGACACCAUCACCCUUUUUUAACGCUCCAACACUUGCUUUGCUGUUGGCGACAUUUCUCUCACCUUUUCCUUUUUUUUCUAACUAACUAGCAGCCCUGAAGUAUCCGUACACCACAUUUUUUAUCUUUCAAACUCUCUGCCUGUUUGAAUAAAGAGAUAUCAGAUUCAUGAAGGGAAUGAUGAAAGCCGCAAACAAGCCUUUACUGUUCAAAUUAAAACUGGCCAAAACUUUGUACUAUCAGAGGCUAAUACACAAACUCAAAUUAGUAGCUCUGCAUGUGAAUGAAAGUUUAUAUAAUUGUAAAAUAUAAUAAAAUAUAAAAGUUUUACCAGUUAUGAAGUUUAAUUAAGAUAAACAUGGCUGUCAGUAUAGAAAACAGAACAUUUUAAAACCAGCUGCCACUGCCAUUGGAAGAACAAUAUGUAUGUUUAUUGAGCAGAUUGGUACCUUGACAAGGUGAGCAGGGCCCUGAAAAUAGCAGAGGUAUAACCAUAGAAUGUAUAUACCAUGGAAAACUUGGUUCCGCCUUCCGCCAGUACACGGAUUUGAAACCAAAGAAAGCUCUCGGUAUUUCCACAUUUUCUUCCCAUUUCCUGAAACCGGCAUUGCACAGUAGCAUUGUACGCAUUCUGCGGGAGAGUUGCCAAAAGUUGUUGUGAUGACGCUCGGCUCAAACGGCGUAUCCCCCGGGUGAGCUACACAAUCCUUGUACACCCAUAGGCUGUAUCAAGUGUCAAUCAUAGAAAAUAUGAACCCCCUAAUAACUUUUAAAAACUGAGCUGUACUGAAAAAAGGACUUGAGCUCAAACCAGUCUUACAAUAAUUACAUGUCAACAUCGCAAGUGGGAGGAGAAAAAUAUAUAUUCUGUUUAAUAAAUUUCUAAAGUUUCUCCACAACUUCAUAAGGAUGGCUGGUGGAGGCGGGAUUUAUGACUUAUACUGCAGCCUGUCACCAGAGGAUGCUGUUCUCGGGGUGGCUUCACCCAGCGAGGAGGCAGACGGCGUCCAUUCUAUACAGUCUAUGGAUAUAACACUGCACUCACUUCACUUUACCCUGCCUAUUACCUAGCUACUAAGUUUAUAAAUCUGUAUUUUUCACAAAAUAUUUAUUCUGGUGUUCUCACAUUACCACCUCUGGAAAUAGUCAGUAAAUCUCAAGUCUUUGUUAUUCAUGAAAUAAGCCAGCUUUGCUGUUAUUUUGCUCAGUAAGUUGAACAUUUCCACUGAUACCAAAGAGAAUCAAGGGGACCAGGAUCACAUAAAUCAGAACCUCACCAGGUUGGGUUUUCUGCUUUGUCACUGUCAGACUCUGUUCAUUUAUAGCAACGUUAUGCUUUUUAGACAGACCGUUGCUAUGGAGCUUUGAUGACUUAGACUCAAGUUCACCACAGCUGUCCAAGAAUUUAGGAGAAGGUCAAAUGAUUCACUUGGUCUUCUGAAAUACUUGGAAACUACUUCUCAAAAAUUCGUCAACAAAAUGCAAAAGGUUAAAUAAAUCCACAUCACCUUCUCCGACUUGUAUUGUAGUAUUUGAUUUUACUUUCAUUACUUUCAAUACUAAGUGCUUUUCUUACUAAACUACAGUUAGCUUUGAAUUUAGACUUUGCUAUUACUCCACUAAAUCAGCCGCAUCUUUGCUAACCAUACAAGUGAGUAAGCAGCAGAAUACAGUAAUUGCCUUUUUAGUUCCUUCAUCCCGUGUGAUGUUCAGUCGAACCACUCACUUCAUUAAAUCUCUCUGAGUUGUUAGCCGUGUUACAGAGGUCAUGAACUCAGCGUUGUUAGUGAUUCAGCAUUUGGUUUUGAUGAAUGCGUUAUGAAUGUGCAGUCACCGGUGAGCUGGAGUUUCAAAGUCUGCAUUUUCUCUCCUGCUAAACCAGACUCUCUGCUCCAACAGCUCUCACUCCGCUCUUCAUUCUGUACAAACCUCGCACUUAUUCUUAACAUUAACACAAACAAUAAGCCGCUCUUCCCAGGGCUCCUUUGUGACUCAUCUAAAUUGCUGCUUAUUACCAGUUGGGCCUAUUGAAAGGCAACAGCUCACUCUGCACAACAGCACAACACACCGGAGCCCCGACGGCAGAGAUACACACAUCCAAAAAAAAAAAAAGAAAAAAAAAAAAAAGAAAGAAAGGAUCUCUUUGUAAAGGAGAACAAAUGGAGCAAGUGUGCAAAGUGGCUGCCUGCGCCAUGGUGUGAGGAGAUAAUCACUGGAGCAGCAGAGACAAAGAGUUUAAUGGUUUGAGUCAUGUCAGUCAAAUGUAAUGAGUGUUGUCUGUCUCUGUCUCUCUUGCAUUUUAACCAAAAGCAUCAUCGUGCUUUGAGCUCAUGUUGUAGUAACAAGCAAAACAGAUGUAUUGUGUUGUUUCUGUAUUUGUUUUAACUUGUGUGCAAGCCCGUUUCCUGUGAACUGAAGCUAACUUUUUAAAAUGCAAAUGGCUUGUACAAGAGUUUUCUCAAUUUUAGGUUUAGCUUCGACAUGCAGGGGCUUAAUGUUAAAAAUGCAGAAAGGAGAUGGAGGUGUGGCAGUUUGGCUCCAGGUGUGCAGCAUAGGAGACACAUUUAGACUCAGUUUUAAGAUAACAUGUCACGAAUGCAGCAUUUCCAGAAAGGUUGUGUCUUUGCUGCAAAAUAUUUGCUAAUUUACAUGAUCUAGGAGCUUGGCGUGCUAAUGCUGGUGCUUAAAAUGAAACAGGGAGUAAUCAAUAUGUCAUUUUAAUGUGAUUUAUGACACUAAGGGAGUAGAUGUGUUUAACGGAACCCUUAGGGCACAGUUUUCCAAUACUUCGGAUUUGGACAUUGAGCAGCUGAAAAAUUACUACAUUUGAAUUUGAAAUGAGUGACUCCUUAGUAAGUGUCUUGUGAAAGAAGUCUGGUAAAUAUGUGACUGUGUGUUCAAUCUGUAGAAACAUGCAGUAUGUGUACCACAGUGUACAAAAUGUGCCUUUACAGAGUUUGACAGGUGAGUUUGUUCGAGUGAAUUAAUCUUGCUAAAGAAAAAAAGAUCUCUCAGACAAAGUUUUGAUUUCAGAUUUUUCAGGGAGGAGUUCAUUUCCUUUUUCAAGGUUUGAGGAACAUUACAAGCCGUGUACAGGAGUGCCAUAACAGCAUUCAUCAGCGUAUAUCUGACCUUUUGUUUUACAGCAACACAUUUGUUAUGUUCAUGCCCCUUUUGGCGAAAUGUGAAUAUGAUUAAUGACAUGUCCUUAUAUCUGUCUCUUUACACACAGUGGCAAGGUGAGACGCAGGAGUUCUGUCCUAACGCCAAAGUGGUGCUGGUCGGCUGCAAGUUAGACAUGAGGACAGACCUCAACGUCUUGAGAGAGCUGUCCAAACAUAGACUUAUUCCUGUCACCCAUGAGCAGGUAAAAACAUGUGUAGAGCAAACUAGAAUCUACUACGUUUGUUUGCUUUUAGCACUGAUUAGCACAAACCAUCCCAGACAAAGGACACCCAUUUCUUUCAUGAGUUGUACACAUAUAAACAAAACUUUAGAAAUGAAUUUUGAGAGUGACAUUUGCUUCAGAUCGUAACUCCAACAAACAUGAAAACACAGGGAAGAUAAAAUAGCCAAGACUGAACAGAGAGAGAGACUAACAGCCGGAUGUGUGAUAAUGCAAUUGUUUUGUUUGUGUCUUGAAGCGAUGAACAGUGGCAUGCAUGAAUUUUAAUAGGCUAUUUUCAUGUAAAUUUGAAUUCUUGCUUCUUGGCAGCCUUUGUCAACAUAUUAAUAUUUUCCCAUACCUCCAACAAAGCAAAUGUAACCACUCUCAUUUUCCUGUCAGUAAUGACAUCAAAAUUGGUCCAUCAAGCUCUGAGAAGAGUUUCUCAGCACAAAGUUAUUCUUCACUAAUCUAAAAGAAACAUUUGAUCCCGGCAUGAAAUCUUCCCUGAAAGUGUGACAGACUGACGUGAUUAUUCAGCUUAAAAACUUUCAGCCGUCCCAACUUUCUCAAACUUAAAUCCUCACAUUUGGGACUUUACCUUGUUUGGUUGAAUUCAGUCCUAAAUGAAAAACUCAGUCAGCACUAUACAGCUGCUCUAAUCCAGGAGCAUGUCUCGUCGUUUAAGCAGAACCAAAAUUUCACAGAAUUUGUCACGACUUUCAGAUUCAACAGCACAGAAAAACAACAGUGAUGAAGUUUCCCGUUUUGUGCCUCUUUGUGUGAUUAUGGAGUGAAUCCUCAACCUAGUAAGCAUCUGAGUCUGAAUUUGUAUCCAUUAGCUUUAUAGUAUUGAACAAACGUAGACUACAGUAUAGGUUUUGCAAAUGGCUAGAGUUGGAAAUAAAGUCAUUUAGUAUCCCCAAUAGGGUAAUUUAAAGGACUGAAAUCAAACUUGAGACUUAAGCCACUUGACAACUGAUGUGAUCUCUGGAGGGGAGGAGAGCUCCCACUAGAAUGAACAGCAUACUGACUGUGUUACUUCUGCUGUAAUGGCCCCAAGGUCCUCAGAUAGUCUUGAAGUGUCUCCAUUAAUGUGAAAAUAAUGGAGCCUCCCUGGAAGCACAUCUUGAGCCUUUCCUAUGAUUUUAAAGGAGAAGUAUUAUUACCACAUCCUGCUGCGAGAUCCUCCUUUAAUGUGGAACAUCCAACACUGAUCGCUGACAGUGAAGAAGUUUUAUUGCUGAAGGAGUUGAUAGAGAAUUCCAGACAGAGUAGAGGUCCGACUGAAUAGACCCCUGGCUAAUUUCAGCAUACAAAUAACCCCAGAGUCAGUGUGUUUUUUUGGUAAUGGGUUGACAAAAUAAAGGCACCAUAUGCAAGUUAAACCAGUCCAGAUUGGAGACGCUGCAAAGCAUUACUUGGAAUAAGCAGAGCCUUAACUCUCGAGUUUUACAGCUGCACAGAGUGGCCUUGAAUAUUUCAUGGCUGUAUGCGGUAUCUUAGCUUUCUAUAUGCCCUAUCUAGCUAUCAUACCUCUGAGAUUGUAUGCUUUUAUUAAGGCAGGGUCUUCACAGUAUGAGAUCAGCUACAAUAGUCUGGAUAAGGAAACAACAUAUGACAAAUGGUGGUAAUAAUGAAGCUCUCGUGAGAUGUCUCGCCACCGUUGGCGCUUACUGUAAAUGUACUCACAGUAUCAUAUGGUUUGCAAAAUUUAAGUGUUGUGUUAUAGGAAUGUUUACUUUUCAUGCUAUUCAGGAGUAAGAGCCUUCCAACCUUAUUUGAGAGGUUCAACGUUGUUCAAGGACCUUCAAAAAUGCAAAAAGCAUCAUUUCCACCACAUGACCCUUCUGUGGCUUUUCAACACACAAACACAAUUACCUUGGCAUAGCUCUGAGUGGCACCGCUCAGCAGCGCUUCAGCUGAGUCACCUGCUUUCAGACAGCAAACAAACAAAGCGAGGCGAACAGCCGGAUACAUGUUCAUAUUUUAAAGCUGCAGAGAUUAUUUUUGAGGGUACUUACCAAAGAGACCCUUAUCUCUAUGAGUGAGGACCCAUAAAAGUUACUCAUCAAUUAGUUUCUACAGGUUUUUAGGUGCAUUUUUGGAUAAUUGAAACAAUUGUUUUAAUCCUGCACGGUUUUGGGAGACACACAAAGGAUGCUGCUGAUAACACACCAUCAUGUUUAUGUCAUAUCCUAGAUGGCAGGCGAAGCAGAGUCAAACUCUAUAAUGACGUGUUUUGCUUUUAUAUGUCUGCCUAUGUGUAAUUUAACAUGUUCAAAGUAUUAGCCAGACAUCUGAGAAGGAAACUUUGGUAACACUUUAUUUGACGCCCAUCUCGCUAAUAUGAAUAUAUGCAUAAUGUAUCAUAAUCACGUUAUAGCACAGUAUAACUAUAGUUAUAGACACUCAUAAAUGAUCAUAAUGCUUUAUAGCAAUAAUCAUAACACAUUAUAAACCAUUUUAUCAUUACUUACACGGUCAGGUAUUAUAAUGUGUUAUAACUGUUAUCAACGGUUGCAUUGCAUUAUCUAUGUGGGCAUUGUCAGUGACACUAACACUUAUUAACACUUAUAACACAUUACAAUACCUGACCUUGUAAGUUAUGAUAAAAUGCUUUAUAAUGUGUUAUAAUUAUUGCUAUAAAGCAUUAUAAACAUUUAUGAGUGUUUAUAACUAUAGUCAUACAGUGCUAUAACGUGAUUAUAAUGCUUUAUAUAUAUAUAUAUAUAUAUAUAUAUAUAUAUAUAUAUAUAUAUACAUACAUAUAUAUAAUGUGUUAUAGUGAUAGGCGUCUAAUAAAGUGUCACCAAAACUUUUCCGUAAAAAAAAAAAAAAAAAAAAAGUGGCUGUAUGGCUUAACACAUGCAGCCCAACCCACAAAAUUUGGAGAAAUUUUCAGGAGUUUAGCGCAUGUGGGAAAAAGCUUUAGUACACAAUUCAACCUUUUUGAAAGCAGCAGUUGCAGCCAGAAUAUCUACUACCAGCCCUGCAUUAGAUGGUAGACAAGUUAGCGACUAGUUGGAGAUGUGGUGGAGACUCUGUAAGUUAUGUUGCUCUUGGAAGUUGGUGGAGACCAAAAACAAAGGGUAAAAGAUUCCAAAUCAUUCAGGGCAAGAGGAUGGAUGUGGAUGUGGGGUUUUUCUCUUGACAGAUCCUUAUUCUAUAUUUGUCUCUCUCUCAGGGGACCAAUUUGGCGAGGCAGAUCGGUGCCGUGGCUUACGCAGAGUGCACCUCCAAGUAUUCGGAGAACAGCGUCCGCGAUGUUUUCCACGUCACCACACUGUCAUCUGUGUUCCGCAUCCACCGGCCUCAAGUCAAACGUGCUGGAUCACGACGCGGCCUGAAGCGGGUCUCCCAGCAGCCACCCCGGACUGAGAUUCAUGAGCAGACUCCUGCUAUAAGAAAGGAUCGGGCCAAAAGCUGCACACUCAUGUAGGACCAGACUCUAUUAGCAGCCUGGCCCGCACAUGAACUUAAUUUAUUGGUGAAUUCUUGUCAGAUUAUUGCACUCCAUAAAAGACAAUGUGAUGAAAACAAGAGUGAAUGCUAUCCUGUGGAGUUCUUUAAGGAAAACUCUCCUUGUCGUUUUUCUCUGUGGCCAUGUUCUCAUCAGGGGAGGUUAUUGUUGUGGCAAAAGCUUUCUUUCUUUGACGCUUUACUUGAACAACUUGACAAAAAUGGUCAUGGAUGCGAACAGGAGGUUUUACAAUGAAAGAUGAAACAAGGACAGAAAAAAGUGAGUGUGUGCAGACCUGAGAAAAAGUAACCAGGUGCUGGUCAUGACCUCUUUUAUGUUGCUUCCUGUUUUGAAAUGCUUUUCUUUCUUUAAGUGUUGACGUAAAUGAAGCACAAUAUGAUGCACGCUAACUUUUCUGAGUCAUUCGUAAAUGUCAGCAGAUGAACUCUGCUGAUCCACUUCAUAGGAGACGUUGAAAAGAAAAUCUGGGUUGAUAAACGAUUAAUGAAAACUGUGGACUGAGAUGACACUAAUUUUCUUAAACCACAAGUGCUUUUAAGAUUGAAAUCUGAAUAAUCACUUACCACAUAAUACCGAGGUGUUGUGAAAUUAAUAUUGUUCUAAAAAUGCACACUGGAAAGAAAAUUCAUGAAGGGAAUAAAGGGGACUGUUACAUUAUGUUGUAUAUGAGAUGAUGAAAAUAAAAAACAUUUGCUCUGCUAAGUGUUGGAACAGCUUUGGUACAAACUCACUCAUGCGCCACAAACUCAUUUAACUGAGAUUGAUCCUGAAUUAGUGUGGAAAACAGUAAACCGUACAGUGGGAGGGCUUUGAUUCAUUAUACUUUUGUCUUGGCCAGAAUGUUUCUCGCUGCAGCUCAGAUCACUGGAGCAAAGAGCCUGCUAGUUUUCAGCUCUCUCAGGAAGACAAGAACAUUUUCUCCUGGAAAAGCUUCUCUUUCUGGGUAAACAUUGAUUCUCCUUUGAAGAAAUCCAUACUGAAUCAACAGCACCAAAGUAACAGGAGUAACUUUACUAAUGAAAAAUGAAGUGAUAGAGCUGCACAAAAGAGCUUAUCAUAAAUGAAUUAAAUGACAAAAACAUCCUCAUCAAGUUUUUGGUUCCUUCAUGUCUGUUAGAGCAAAUAGCAACAAUAACAGCAGCAGCACCCAAACAUGCAAUCAUCACUAACAUACUGGUGUAUUUAAAGCUCCUGUGAAGAUUUUUCUGACAUUUAUGAAACAGACUUGAUUUCAUAUUGAUGCCUUUUUAUUAUUCACAAAAGCAAACAAGACCAUCCGCAACAGGAUUAAAGAUUUUUUCCCCCAAUUUUUAAUCCCCCAAAGCAAGUGCUAGGGUACUCAGGAGGUAGGUGUCAGUCAAGCAGCUGAACAAACAGCCAUGUUUUCACAAUUUCCUCAUAAAAUAUUUACAAUAGGUAAAUUAUUUGACUUUAAAAAGUCAUCUGUAUGCAGUUCUUUCAUUUUUAAAGAUAUUAUCUAAGCAUGUGGAGGACAAAAUAAGCAAAGACUCAAAAAAUUGGCACAGGAGUUCCUCACAGGAGCUUUAAGCAUUUUUGCAUACUUUUAUUGAAUUAAUUUUCCCCAUUUAGCGCCAAAAAAGUACAAGUAUAAGCCAUAAACUUCAAAGUGUAUGAGAAAUUUGCAGUUCUUCAUAAGAAGGAUGCUAGAUCAAGUGUCACAUGAUCAUUUAAAUUACUGCAAGUCAUCCUCUUGGGACCACAAGCGCUCACAGCAAACGGCUAAAGUUUUUAAAUAAUUGACAUUUUUUUCUUUCUGGAUUUCUACUUCCUUCAGUAUCAGAUAAAUGGAAUCUGAACUGAAGUUUUCAGCAGGGAGUUCAGAUCAGCUUAGUUUUUGGAGGCUGCAGUGUAACACCUAUUCAAAAAUCCUGUCGCCGUAAUGUUAAGGAUUCAGAGACAGUUUGAAGGGCAGCACAGUCUUACAUCCACUGCUAUGUCUUUUGAUUUUCUGAUAACAUUAGAUUUGAGCUAAAGUGAUGCAUUGUUCACUUUUGAACAUAAACAGUGUAUAAAUGCAUCAGCAACUUUCUGUCAUAUAAGAACUGCAGCUGGUUAGCUGUACUCACAUGUUUAAAAAUCACCAAAGAAAAGAGCAGAUCUUAAAAGAUUUUACUACUGUUUGCUUCAGUCAAAUUUUCAGUUUGAUUCAUUUACCAUCGUUAUGAUCUCCCUUUUUAGUCGUACACAUAGUACACCACCAUGUUCAGAGCAACACUCAGAUUAGCAGUCAGACAGGGCAGUGCUGAUCCAAAAAGGAUUUAGUCUAUUACUUAUGAAGUUAUAAAGAAAGCUGUUGUCUGAUUUGGUCUUGUGUAAGACAGUAAGAGACCACACUAUCAUGUUUUUUCUAUUUUGAGAAGCUCUACAGACGUGACAUGACAAUACAAUGCCAAACUCACCCAAAUAUUUUAAGACCGUUGUGUUACAAAACAAUAGCUUUUUGUCACCCUUUUGUUUUGUAUCAGAAAAAUAAAAAAUAAAAGUCACAUUAUGUUGUUAUGAAAAUAGCUAAACUAUUUAUGAAUUGUCUCCAUCCUCUUUCAAAAAGGUCAAGCUCAUUUCCUUGAGAUUGCUCUUGAUACUGGCCAACAAGGAAAAUAACCUUUUCACUGUAAAUCAAAUGAUUGUUUUCAUGCUAACAUUACUUUUACUCAUACAGAAACUGUGAAAGGAUAUUCAGAAAAACCAUAUUAAAAAUAUUUAAAAUGUAUACAGCUGUACAGGACUGAAUCUUACAGUCUGACCUUUAACAGUGACUCUUGUUCCAUUUCUUUCCCACUAUCACGGACGAGGCCCUGCAGCAAGUCGCUGCCUGUGUGAGCAAUGGAAAAGUGACAUUUCACAGCCUCGCUGCUGUGCUGCCACACAGGGUCAUACCACAAGCCGGAGGCAAGACCAAGACUGGUCUCCAGUCGGGUUGGAAAGGAUGUCCACAUUGACCGAGUUGCAACUAUGUAAACAGCAUAUGACAACCUUUGCAUAGUAAUUUCAUCCCAGUUGCCAGUGGAGGUUAAUAUUCGCUGGACAUACAUACAAGAAACAGUUCUCCGCAGUGAAUAAAGUACCAGCAUAAGCAAAAUUAUGCUGUUUACAGUAACUAUCCUAUAGACAAUAAGCUGAUAAUCACAUAUCCAACCCUGAGAUUUUUUUGGGCCUCCUGCCUCUUUAGUACCUGUGGAUCAUUGUUGCAGACUAUGAAUCUACAUGACUGCUGCUACAACAACUAUCAUCAGUCUAAACAAUAUUUGUCAGUGUAAAUCUCAGAGCUACUACUUUAUUAUCUCCAACUGAUAUGCUAAUAUUAUUCAGCUUCUAUUACAAUAGCAUGGCUUCUAUUUGUGUCUCCUGUCUGUUAUUUUUGUCUGUAUUUCUCUUUCAUUGUCUCUUUUCUCUCUCCCUUUCCUCUCGUCCCUACAAAACGAUACUCACCAAUGAGUCUCCAAGGUUUCUGCCAAAUAAAGCUCCUCGUUGCCGCUGUUGCCAUGAGCUGUCUCAUUGUGGAUUAAUGUUAGGCUAGUAUAUCAUGAAAGAGUACAAACAAACCAGUUAAAUCAAGUUAGAGUGGAAACUUCUUGACAAGCGUGACCUCAGCCUCAGGCGCCGGGUCAGCUGCGUCUUUGGUGGCCGCGAUGUUUGUUGAGAGUAUAAAAAAAUGCCACUUUGCAGUCUCCAUAGCCUUUAGCUGAAGUGAGCAAACACUUUUAGCAAACACUCAUCCCUCUUGUCCUUGCAGACACAACUGGCUCAAUGACAUCUCAUUCAGCAGCUAAGUAUAGCAACACUGUUGAGCAACUGCAGAGAACACCACGGCCUGAGUUCUUUUUUUUUAAGGAUUUUAAUAGCAACAAUUUUUUUUUACUGUCAGAUUCCUCCCACAAGAGGAUUUGGGAGCGAAAAGCUGAAAUAAGAAGAUGAAAAAAAAGAGCUCCAAAUGGGGACAGGAGCUUAAGAUUCGUAAAACCAUGAGGAGAGGAGGGAUAUAAGACUACCACAUGGACAAUGCUGUAGUCGAGAGGCGCGACAAUAAGUCGAUUAUUGUGCAGGUCCUGGAAUUAAAAAAGACAGGGAUGAGUCUUCAGUGGAGAAGUGGGGUGGAUUUAAAGAAGAAGGAAAACAAAGACAGGGAUGGUUGAAAAUCUCAGUUUAUCCAAAAAACUGGAAGAGUUCAAGUCAAUAAAAGAUGGUCACUUAAAUUUUCCAGUGAAGGAAAAUCAGAGUAAACAGAUUCAACGUGUGUGAAUGGUUUGGUAGAAGUUAGGAAAGAUGUGAAUAAAGACUGGACUGUUAACUAGUGAGGUUUUCUUGUUUUAUUCUUUGUGUUUGGCUGAGUUUGGAUUGCAAUGAAAUUCAGAGCAGACAUUUGUGUUCCCCAGGUCGAAAAAACUGUCUUGCCAACCCCGUGCCUAAGCAUCCAACAACAACCCAAUGUCCAAAAUCUGAACUCUCCUGACAACUUAAAACUGAUCCCAGUUAUCACUGUUGUAUUAUGCUGAGAUAUUUUAACACCAAAAUUAUAAAUAAUAGUUAUAUAUAUUUUAAAAUGGAUGGCUUUGUGUUGCUGCAAACAAGAUGCCAACUUUCCCAUAUGUGCAACCAUGAUGUCAGGCUGGUGGAUAAUCGAGCCUGCUGCAGGGGAGAUUUAGUUUGAGUUGGCCAGCCAAAAUAUCGGGCUUAAAAUAUCAGCUAAGAGACGAAAAAAUAAAUCUCAUUUUAAUGGGCAAAAAUUAACUGAUGGGUCUCAUACAUAGAAAUGUGCAUUUACAGCCGGAUCCCAAUAAUGAAGGAACUCAAGGUAUUUAAGAGCUCAAGAUAUUUUGUUAUGUUAUGUGAAAGCUACAAGUUAAAACUUCAACUUGACUUUCAGCCCCAUAUUAAUAGUUGAUUUAUAGGUAUAUUGACCAGAAAAGCCCAAAAUGACCAACAACAAACAGAUAAUCCGGUUAAAACUUGCAUUAGUUUGUCCACAUAAAUUAGAAGUGAACUCGUUUGAUAAAAACAGAAAAACUUUUCAGAACUCCAUCAGGGUCAUGAGACACAAAUCACCUGAAUGACAUUUAAACAGGAUAAGUGCAAACAAUAAACCUAGAAAAACAACCAAUCCAAUAUCACCACCUGUAUGCCAGCCAAUGUGACCACUGCAAUGCAACUUUUUUUUUUGUUUUAUAAAAUCUUUCCAUUUGUGAGGGAAUUUAAUGACUUUAAGAUUUUUUCGUGUAUUGGCCGUUUAUGAAGGCACCACAUUUAAAAUUACCCUGUAGAGGAUUAGUGGUAAGCUUUGUAAAUCAGCAGUUUAAAAACACAUUCCCCAAAAGAGGAGGAGGACAAAAGAGCC